AUUGCUUAAUGCUAAGUCGUUGUCUAAAACCUCUGGCUAUGUACCCUAUAACUUCACAACUUAAUUCAAUUUGCUUCUACUCUAUGUAUAAAACUAGCUACGAACAUGUUAAACAUUGUAACUUUAUAAGAAAGAUCCUUUACAUUUUCUUUUUGUAUUUAUCAAAUAUUUGUCAUAUUGUAGACUGCUAAAGGUUCUUAUAUAGGUGUCUAUAUCCAUAUACAUAAAGCUGUGUAAUAUGUAAUCAUAAGUUAGAGAAACAGAUUUGGCUUUUCCUCUCUUGUUCUCUGUUGUGUCUUCUUCUUGGCAUUUCCUCUAUAAUAAACCCUAAAGAGAAACAAAACAGAGAAACCUCUAAAGCUUUCUCUCUUUUUUUCUAAUGAAAUUUUCUUGUCACAAACCAAACUCUAUAAGAAAAAAUCUUGUAUACAAAUCAACCAACAUUCAUUGUUUUUAAAAGGGUCCCAUGACCCAUUUGUGGUGAUAGCUUUGUUUUUAUCUUCCAACAUUAACACCCACCCCAAAUUCUUGAUUAACCUUUGAUAGAAACAUAUGCAACAACUUGAAUAAUUCCAAUACAGAUAAGAUCCACACAACACUUUUUCUCCUUCUAUUCUCUUGUAUUUUCUCAAUGAAGAUGCUUAGAUUAAGGAAGAAGCAACAUUUGGUGUUUUUACUAUGUGUGUGGUGUUUGGUGGUGGAUUUGAGCAAGGCAGAAACAGAGGAAAGUGAAGGAGGUCCCAUGGAGAAAACAGAGCAAGCUGCUCUAUACUCUACCAUUCAAGGUUUUGUUGGUGAAUCUUGGAAUGGUUCUUAUCUUUAUCCUGACCCUUGUGGCUGGACUCCCAUACAGGGUGUGACUUGUGAUAUGUAUGAUGAUCUUUGGUAUGUAACUGCUCUAAGCUUUGGGACUAUGAAAGACAACUCUCUUGCUUGUUCUGAUAUUCCAGUGAUCAGACCACAACUCUUUGAGCUCAAGCACCUCAAGUCCCUCUCUCUUUUCAGCUGCUUCACAUCGCCAUACCGAUAUCUAGCUUCAAUCUCGGAUGAGAAGUGGUUGGAUCUCUCUAAAAGCUUGGAGAGGCUUGAGAUCAGAUCAAACCCGGGACUGAUAGGUGAACUUCCUUCUGUCAUCACUAACCUCACCAACCUUCAAUCUCUGGUGGUGCUAGAAAACCAGUUAACAGGUCCAUUGCCAGAGAAUUUGGCCAAGUUAACCAGAUUGAGACGUUUAGUACUGUCUGGAAACCGGUUCACAGGGAGAAUACCAGAGGUCUACGGCUUAACCGGAUUGUUGAUAUUGGAUCUGAGUCGGAAUUUCUUAUCCGGUUCGUUGCCCUUAAGCAUUGGAGGAUUGGAAUCUCUGCUGAAACUCGAUCUUAGUAACAAUUACUUGGAAGGAAAGUUACCUAGAGAGCUAGAGUCCUUAAAGAAUCUGACUCUUUUGGACCUGAGAAACAACAGAUUGUCAGGUGGAUUGACUAAAGAUAUCCAAGAGAUGAGUUCUUUGGUAGAACUGGUUCUGUCUAAUAAUCACCUAGCCGGGGACUUGACAGGAAUAGAGUGGAGAAAUCUGAAGAAUUUAGUGGUUCUUGAUCUCUCCAACACAGGCUUAAAAGGGGAGAUUCCUGGUUCAGUCUUGGAGCUCAAGAAACUGAGGUUUUUGGGUUUGAGCAACAACAAUCUCGGAGGCAAACUCAUUCCACAAAUGGAAACCGAAAUGCCUAGUCUCAGCGCGCUCUACGUGAAUGGAAAUAACAUCAGUGGAGAGCUGGAGUUCUCUAGAAAGUUCUAUGAGAAGAUGGGAAGGAGACUUGGUGUUUGGGGGAACCCUAAUCUGUGUUAUAACGGAAAGGAGAUCAAGAACCUUAGCGAUCAUGUUCCUUUUGGAGUGAACCAAUGUAAGAGAAUUAAGGCAGAUAAAUAUUAGAACAAUCAACGGGUUUGUGAAUUGUGAUAACAAUAACUUGGAAUUUGGAAAUGAUACAAAGCUGUGGUCUAUUCAAUUUAGUAUUUUAUUUAACGCUACUACAGAAACUCUUGAGAACAUAAAAAUAUAAUUUCUUGUUUGAUU